AACAGCACAAGAAAACCAUCUCUUAAUUUGAAAAGUAGUAACUGCAGCUCGUUUACAAAAACAUACGCAUAAAUUUGGUGCGUCGUUAAAUCAUAAAAUUGUUCAAUUCAAAUAAAAAUACAUCAGUUUAUUAAUCUAAUUGUUAGAUAUUGGUAUUCUUCUUAGUAUAAACUGAGCGCGUAGCAUUACGGAAUUAAGUGAAUGUGGUAAAAGUGAUACUCGAAAUGUGUGCAAAUUUUUGCAAUCCAAACGGAAAUAAAAUAAAGACUUGUAAUACUUUUAAAAACUGUUAUAUGUGAAAUAGUACAAUGUUUUACUGUGAACAGUGCAGCAGAUGUUUCGCGCAAGUUGUACCAGCACAGUCACAGUAAAAAACAACCAUGGCGGAGGAGCAAGCGAGUCUGGUGCGCGCGCGGUCUGAUUCCGAGAACUCCUCCAAGUUGGGCAGCUUCGGCUCCAUAACGCACACCAUGACUUACACUGAUGAGAGGCUUACUGAGGCCGGUGGCGAGCCCGGGAACAAUGCAAACACAGCGACAAGUCCCCCGGACGAAGGAGCGGACGGCGAGAGUGGUGAACUCCUCGACUAUAACGACAGCAGUGUACUGGAACAGUUCCACCAGGAUGCGCUAAGCCAGGCUGGUUGCGGGCUGUCACAGGUACGCGUGGUGGCGGCGGUGGGUCUGGCGGUCGCGGGGGGGUCGCUCGAGCUCGCCGCCAUACCCUUCAUACUGCCCUCCGCCGAGAUGGAACUCUGCAUACUGCCCCACGAGAAGAAUUGGCUCGUCCUGAUCAGCCUGGUGGGCGCGUCGCUGGGCAGCGUGGGCUGGGGUGCGCUGGCCGAGCGGCUGGGCCGCCGCCGCACGCUGCUCUCGUGCCUGGCCGUCAACGCGGUCUUCGCCGCCAUCGCCGCCUUCAUGCCCACCUACGGCACCUUCAUGAUGGCCAGGUUCUGCUCGGCGAUGGGGUCGGGCGGCAUAGUGCCGGCGGGGUACGUGUACGCGGGCGAGCUGGCGGCGGGCGGCGGGCGGCGGGCCGCGCUGGCGGCGGCGCUGGCGGCGGCGGCGGGCGGCGCGCUGCUGGCGCCGGCGCUCGCCGCCGCCACGCUGCCGCUCACCGGCGCCACCACGCUCAUAGAGAACAAGGAGCACUUCAGCGCCUGGCACAGGUACCUGUUGCUGUGCACUCUACCCAUACUGGCAUCACUAAUUAGUCUGAUAUGGACGCCGGAGUCGCCGCGGUAUCUACUGGAGGUGGGCCGGGAAGUUGACGCCAUGAUGGUCUACCAACGCGUGCACGCGGGCAACGUGGUGCGCGUGUGCGGACGGCGCGGCGAGGCGCGGCUGCCCGAGCUGGCGCUGCCCGGCAAGCGGCCGCCGCCGCCCGCGCCCGCGCUCGCGCACGUGCGCCACGGCGUCAAGAUGUUCUGGCAGGCGUUCUUCCAGCUGUUCUCGAGCGCGUACCGUACCACCACGCUCUCGCUCGGCGGCGUACUACUGUUCACUGUGGCCAUACAGUUCUACCUGUCAUCGUUCAUACCACUGACCGUGCUCAAAAUGUCGAACGCACAGUUCGAAGCGUCCAAGACGAUAAUCCAGAACACGACGCUGGUGGAGGAGCACUACAACACCACUAUGGAGAACGUGGAGUUCACCAACGUGACCUUCGUGGAGUGCGCCUUCAGGGACAUGCUCAUGUCGCAUGUGACAUUCAGGAACUGCUCGUUCGACCAUGUGGCCUUCGCGAACAUCAAGUCGUCAUAUACCGUCUUCAUGGGGUCCACUUUUGUGAAUAGCACCAUAAUCGACACGGACAUGGAGGUGGGGCGCGAGCUGGACGCGUGGUGCGUGCUGCGCGGCAGCAGCGUGCGCGGCGUGCGCGGCGGCUGCGCGCGCCACGCCGACCUCGCCUGGCGCCUCGCCGCGCCCCUCGCCGAGCAGCGCGCCGCCGCGCGCGCCGCGCUGCUCGCCGCGCCGCUCGCGCUGCUGCCGCGCGCCGCGCGCCCCGCCGUGGUGAUAUGCGGUGCGUCGGUAUUAUUGGCGCCGGCGCUCUACCUGGUGCAGGAGGAGCACCUGCUGUACGUGGUGGAGGCGGCGUACCGGGGGCUCGCCACGCUCGUCUUCUUCGCGGUCGUCACCGCGGUCGUGCACAAGUAUCCCGCUAAUUUGAGGUGCACAGCGCUGGGGCUGCUGGUGUCGGCGUCGUACAUGGGCGGCGCGGUGUCUCGCGCGGUGGCGGACGCGGCGCCGCCUGCCGCCGCCAGCGCCACAUUCUGCGCAGUGCUGGCCCUGGCCGCCACCGGCGCCGCCUUCGCCGCGCGGACGCGCAGCCAGAAAUAGCAUCACAAUAACAAUAAUCUUCCUUGCCAACGAUACACAAACCAAAGUAAAUGACUGAGGGAAUCGAAUGAUACUCAAAAAAUGACAAGUCGAUGUAUCGAGUACGCGUUACCAGUGAAAAAAAAACACUAAUAAUAUUCGCUUCGAAAUUUAAAUUUUACAAUUUAUCUACUACUACCGGUUUGUCAACAAUGCAAAAGGUAAAGGAACUAAGCUGUACAGUCUUAUUACGUGAUUUAAAUAAUCCUAUUUAUUUUUGACGUUCCUGAUUCACGCAUCACUCGAUACUUCUAUGUGUAAGUACUAACAACCACGCGACUGAUACGUAUUACUAACACCAGGACUAUAGAAGCAUUGUGUAAAAAUUUAAUACAGGAGGUAGAAUAAUAUUAAUUUUGACAAGAUGGCAGCCCUACAAUAUAGUGUAGCUAUUAUAUUACGUUAUAAUUAUAAUUAUACACGUCAAAGUUUUAAACGUUAAACACAGUUACGAAUUUUCCCGCGUUCGAAAUUAUCGUCACGUUUUGCUUUUUUUAAAUUUAGAAUCGAAUAUUUAAAUGUUCAUUCUAUAUUUUAUUCAUGCUUUAACAGCCAGUAAUUUUUCCCAUAUUUUUUUUUUUUUUAAUAUUCUAUCAAAUAAGCUGGAUGCUGCCUUUAUUAAUAUGUUUAUAAAUAUUUCAUUUUGGGUUCAGUGUUACCACAUCAAAAAUUAAAGUAGGAGAUAUUGUGUUCUUAAAAAUAGGCCUCUCCGUAAAACUGCCAAAAAGAGCCACUUUAUCUGCCUUACACUACCUGUACAGAGUCAUUUCGAGCAUAUUUCAGUCGUUUCUUCGAAUUAUUUGUUGGGCUCAUUGCCACUUCAGCUUAAUUAAAUAAGAGCUUGUAAAGUUGUAGAUACCUCCGAAAUAAUAAAGUAUUUGUAAUUAUAUUUGUAUGUAUGUUAUAGUCAAACCGGAAUAGACUCGGAUAUCGAUACUGGACAGAUAUACCACCGUCACAAACUAAAGUUUCAUCCCAACCAUCUGGACGAGUGGCGGUCCUCCACCAUGCGUUUUUCAAGGCACUAUCUUCCACGCACAACCACUCUUUAGAAUCAACUUCCAGCAGUAGUAUUUCCGAACCAAUACGACAACAUAACCUUCAAGAAAAGAGCAUAUUCCCUUUUAAAAGGUCGGCAGCACACCUGCAAUGCCGCUGGUGUUGUGGGUGAUCAUGGGCGGCGGUAAUCACUUACCAUCAGGUGAGCCGCAUGCUCGUUUGCCGCUUGUGUUGUAAAAAAAAAGAUACUAUCACUUAUUUAUCGAUCAAUAAUCUAAUCGAUGUUUCUUUUUUUUAUGCAACUUAAAAUGGCAAACAAAUUAACGACCCACCUAAUGGGAAGUGGUUUCCGUCGCCUAUACACAUGAGCUGUACCAUGGACAUAACAGAGUAUACUGUUUCGCACAUGAUACCCCCCAUGCAUUACCAUUCCAAAGGACUUAGGUAUUAUUCCUUUGUACCCAGUAAAUUCUUUGCCAUAUCCCACCGUUCAAACCGAAACACAGCCAUGCAAACACAACUGCUUCACAGUAGAAACACGAAUGGAAUAGAGGUGGCCAAGCAAACGACUUUUGUACAAAGUCUCCCUCUGUUCAGAUUAUUCUGUGUAAACAGUAUCAAUUUAUAAUCAAAUAUUAAGUAUUUUUUUUAAUGGAUGAUAAUGGAAUGGUAACCCCACCCGCGCUAUCGGUAUACACCGGCGGGACACCAGUGAAGGAUGAUAGGUGAGGAUGAAGCAGUCCAGUUAGUCCAUCGUGACGAAUUUGACGAGAAUUGUUCACGAUGAUUUCCAGGGGGAACCACGUGGAGGUCAACCUAAUAAGGCAUAUUGCUAGCAAUGGGGCUGUCAAACUCCAUUGCUAACAAUCCCUUUCCCCCCAUUAAGUAAUAUUAGACUUAAUAUGAGCUUCUGUAUUUUGAAUUUUGGCUAUAACAUACAUAUUUCAUUGUGUGAUAAUAAUGUGACGUAAAUUUAUAAAUAAUGGACCUUAAUAUGUGAUUAUUAAGGGUGUUAUUACACUAUCAUAUACAUAAUAUCGUCUGCACAAUACAUUUGUAUUCGUGACUGUAUUUAUAUAGUUCUGGCUGUUUUUUGAAUCGGCUAAAUUACUUUACUAUAUGUAUAAUACAUUAUAUGUGAUCCCAUAAAUGUGAUAGGGUAAUAAACACCUAAACGUUGUCAAAAUAGAUUUGAAAACGGGAAUGGAUGAAGAUGGACAUGUCGCGUGUACAUACAUACAUACAGAUGUCGUACAAUAUUUUGGCAUUAUUACGCCUGUCUAUUAGUAUAUGUAGUAAUAAAUCUGUAGUCAAUACUGUACAUGAAAUAUAUUUCCAAAAUAACUAUCAGCGGGUGAUUAGUGAUCGAUACUGAUGCCAAAAAUGCAAUCAGUAAAAUUUUUGUCUGUCUGUCUGUAUGUUCGUUAUAGAAAUUCGAUAUACCAGAGGGAGACUUUGUACAAAAGUCGAUUGCUUGGGUACCUCUGUCCCAUUCGUGUUUCAACCGUGAAGCAGCUGUGUUUGCAUAACUGUGUUUCGGUUUGAAGGGAGGGAUAUGGCGUGAAUUUACUGGGUACAGAGGAAUAACACCUGAGUCCUCAGGAAUGGCAACGCAUGGGGGGUAUCAUGGGCGUAACAGUAUACUCUAUUAUGUCCAUGGUACUGCUCAUGUCUAUAGGCGACGGUUACCACUUUCCAUCAGGUGGGCCGUCAGCUUGUUUGCCAUUCUAAGUUGUAUAAAAAAAAAAAUAUAAAAAGAAACAAAAACUACUCGACGGAUUUUAACGAAACUUGGUACAAUUAUUCUUCAUACUCCUGAGCAGGUUAUACACUUUUCAUCACGCUACGAUCAAUAGGAGCUGAGCAGUGAACGGAAAUGUAUCUGUUACAUCAAAACCACUGAACCGUGAGGAAGGACAUAGGCUACUUAUUUUACGAAAAACGACGGAAACGCGGGCGAAGGGGAACAGCUAGUAUCAAAUAUAAGAGAACACAAUAAUGACAGUGUUCUAGUCAAUAAUAUUCAAACGAAAUUGGAAAGAGAGAUUCUCCCUCUCUGUCUCUUCUUGAAGGAACUGCUAGACGGACUAUUCAUGAAUACCCACGGGAAGUUUAUUCCACAGCUGCACAGCACGAUAUGCAAAUGAAUUACCCAUAAAAUGAAUGUUAUAGCUGGGAAGCUUCACUUAUUAAUUUGUAUUGAAUGUGUAUUGUAUUGAAUGAAUUAUUGUAUCUACAUUGUAUUUUUUUUUUGAUGAGUGAAAAUGGUAUGGUAACCCCGCCUGCGCUAACAGGAUACGCCGGCGGAGCACCAGUGAAGGGUGAUAGGUGAGAAUGAAAACAGGCCAGUUAGCCCAUCAUGAUGAAUUCGUCAGGAAUUAACCAUGAUAGUUUCCAGGGAGAACCGCGAGGAGGUCGACCUGGUUGAGUAUAUUGCUAGCAAUGGGAUUCUCAGUUUCCAUUACUAACAACCCCUUUCCCCCCUAUUGUAUUGAAAAUAAUUUAAAUUAAAUAAAAAAAAAUUUCGAUUGCCCUCUAUGAUGUGCAUGUAUGGAGGUAUUAUAUGUACACUAACUAUAAGUUAUGGUGUCAGAAUGUUGCUAAAAAAAACCGUUCGUAAAAUGGUGAAAUUCCGAAAUCAGGGCAUGUCGCCUUCAUCCAUUCAUGUCUUCAAUUGUUUACGACAUUUUACAUUCUAAAUUCAUUCCCAGAUCUCGAAGUCAACUAAUAUGUGUCUCCAUAAAUGUGGUAUUUGUAAUAACCACAUAAUGUAAAUAAGUCUCGGUAAGUUUUUGUAAUGUCAUAGGAAAAAAAAACUUUUUAUCUAUGGUAAUGAUUAACAGUCGUUACGCAUUGUCGCCUGAUCGCUAUUUUUUUCUACCAUAGACUAGGAUUUUUUAAGGAUGACCGCUUUUAAAAUAGAUUUGAAAAUAGAAUAGAUUUUUUUUUAUUAUUAUAACGUUGUAUUUAUCGACAGUGUGCAGCGUCUUUUAAUUGAUAAGAAACAUAAUGAGUCAAGCUAAAAGAGACCUUACGAAGUAACUCAUUAAAGCUUUUAAUGAGUUGAGUGUACCCGAAAAAAAAUCGAUAGUUCAAAUAGAUUUUAUUUCAAAAUUUCAAUGUGCAGAACUUAUGUUCAAAAGAAAGUCUUUGUAUGAAAUCAAUAAGGUCUAUUUUAGAUUGAAUUGUUGUGACCGGUGUACUGUUUAACUGAGUCCUGCAUAUAUGCGCAGUGGUGAGGUUUCUCGGAGGAAUUUUCAAAGCAAAUAAACAUAAGGAUUCAAUUCUAUUUCACCUUUUCUCUGCACCUGUUUAUAAUUUUUUUAUUUUGAUAUACCAGCGAAAUAUUUUUUCAGAAAACAAAUAUGAACUAAAUUUCUAACAGAUUUAAGUUUAAUACAGUAAAAUCGCGAAAUUAUCAAAUUGAAAUAUUAGAUAAAGAGGUAGUUGUAAAUAAAUACCGCCUCAGAACCGACUCGUGACGUAUUAACAUUUUUAAGUUAAUAAUUAACCUAUAUAUCUUGCUGUCUUCUAUCUCACUCACGCCCCCUUUACCACAUAAAGCUCAGUUAAAUGGUAAACCUUUAGAAUAAUAUUCCCCCGUAGUGUUGCCAUAUCUUUAAGUGAUAUUAUUAUAGACUGCUUUUAUUUCUGUAGUUUCAUAAAAGACAUUUUUAUUAUACACCACGAAUUAAAUUAGUUAAUUAUAUUUUAAAUAUAAUUCUAUAUUGCCAUAUACAUAAAUUAUUUACCUUUUAGUAAGGCAACUUUAUUUUAAUAUAAGUCUAUGGCUAUGAUUUCUUUUUAAAUUUGACAAAUUGACUGAUUUUAUUUAAAGUGAAUUAUUUAAAAAUGGUAUUUAUAAAAUAUUUGAAGUAACAAUUACAAAUUCUACAAGUGGCCAUUUAUUUUUAAAUCCUCAUCGAAACACAUCGCUUUUGUCUAUUUUAAAUAAAAAAAAAAAUAC